AUGGAUGCCCAAUCGUUUACAACGCCCAUCCAAUGCACACCGCAAAAGCUCUAUCCCGGCUCCGAAAACCGGGCUUACUGUGAGUUGGAUGUCCGCAGCCAUGCGCCGGGGUCGUGGUCGAUCAAGCGAUUCCUCAGCGUUCGUGGCAGUCGCCGGUAUCGCGUGCUGGAGCGAGAGCCGAACCGGCUGAGGAAACGAGCCAGCCCGUGA